AUGUUAGACAAUCCAAAAAUUUAAUUAGAAACUGAAAUCAUACUUUAAGGAAUCUAAUACUUAAUCACCAUACAAGCUAAUGAACAUUUACUGUAUAAAUAAUUUAUACAUUAGAUAUAUAGAAUUAGAAUCAAAAUAUGAACCUUAGAUCUGGAAAAAUACUUACACCAUUGAUUAUAUUGAAGAACUUACUCGCAAAACAGGUAAUCCUAAAAAAUUCAAUGUAUUUAUCUCCAUUUUAUAAAUUGCAUUAUAAAAAUCAAAUGAAAAUGUAUUAUUUAUAUUCUAAAUAGGUAUUAUUUGAUAUUUUGACUUAUCAAGAUCUUGAGAAUCUAAAAUAAUAAAAAUAAUAAGAUUAAAGUCAUCUUUCUAGAGGUUCAUCAACAAAUUCCAAAAUUAAUAAAAGAUAUCUGAUAUUAUCAUAUCAAACUGAUUUUGAAAAAAUUCAUUAUCCAUUAGCCUUAAAUUAUGAGGAACAAAUUGAAAACUCAAGAUUAAUGACUAAAAUCUAGAAUUUAAAAACAGAACUAUAAGAUUUUAAAUCAUAGAAAUAAAAUGAUGAAGAAUUUUAGAUUUCGAAUUCAUUUACCAAAAGUAAAAGGGAUAUAUAAACUCCUGAUUCUAUUGUGAAUUAAAAUGAACUUUUGAAAGCAAAAGUAAAAAGAUUAGAAGAGGCUUUGACCCAAAAAAAAGGGGCAGUAGAAGUAGAUUAAUUAGUUAGAGAUAAUGAAGACUUAUAAAAUAUGCUAAAUACAUCAAAAUUAUUAUACGAAGAGAAAAUGGAGAAGUUAGAAAAAUAGUUGAAUUUAAAAAAUACAGAAAUUGUUAUGUAAAUGGCUGAAGUAUAUAUAAUAUAAAUAAAGAUUAGAUAAAUGCAUUUAAAAAGGAGUUAUCAUAAUUGAUUGGAAGAGUAGAGAUGGAUAAUAGGAUCAAAGAGCAUAUCAAGCUUAUGAAUGAUGAUGAGGAAAGUAAAUUGGUUAAAGCAUAGAAAACUAUACAAAAAUAUGAAAAAGAAGUUGAAGGCCUUAAUUAGUAUGUAAUUUAUAAAAUCAUAGAUAAAUAGAUUCAUUUAAAAAAUAAGAUGCUAUAUAAAAAAGAAGAAUAAAUCAAUUAGAAACUGAACUAUCUUAAUCAAUGAAAAAAUUUAAUUACAAAGGAGUUACUGACAGGCUUUAUUCCCCAUAUAGUAAUCACUCAAAUGGGAGUAGAAAAUCGAAUUAUUCAGUUCCAAAUAGAUUAAAUUCAAAUAAUUCAUCUGGAAAUGCAUCUCCUAAUGUAAAGUAGGCAUCUCCAGCUUUAAGCAAGAAUUCACGUAAUUCCACUCAAAAUUCAGUAAUUAAAUAUUGUAUUCUUAGGCUGCUUAUCAAAAACCAAAGUUUUAUAAUACUGCUCCAAUGAAUAAAUAACCUAUUUAAAAGAAACCCUCUCCAGCUAGACCAUAAUAAUAGAUUAGACCUAAUCCUAAUAGGGCAUCUCCAAUUACUUAAUAAAAACCUUCUCCUGGAAAAAAUAAUAUCUUUAAAUAGCCAUCUCCUCCAAGAUAAAAUUAUUAAUAACAUAAGGCUCCUUAAUAACAUUAGGCUAAAUAAAGGACAAAUUAAUCUGCUAAUAAUUAUAAAUAGCCUAUGAAGUAGGUGCGCAAUGAAUAUGAUUGGAAAUCAGGGAAUGCAACAGAACUGGAUAAUAAAAUUAAUAAUUUGAAAAAUAUAUUAUAAAGAGCAAAAAAAUGA